AUGUUUGCUAUUCAGCCCGACUGUGAGGCAAUGGCUACUCCCUCUAUUGCCGCAAAUGUUUCGGCCCAGCCAUCUGCUGCCGGCCACCAACAUAAUGGAACUACGAAAGACCCAAACUACACCCCUCGCAUCCGAAACCCUGAUGAACAACCGCACAUUGGAAAGUACAAGGAAGUACAAAUUAUGAAAAUGCUGGAUCAUCCGAAUAUUGUGAAGUUGUUCGAAAUUAUUUCAAAUGACAAAGUUCUUUACUUGGUAAUGGAAUAUGCAAGUGGGGGUGAAGUCUUUGACUUUCUCGUCACACACGGUAAAAUGGCAGAAAAGGAGGCUCGGGCCAAGUUCCGCCAAAUCGUAUCUGCAGUUCAGUACUGUCAUCAAAAGCACGUAGUCCAUCGCGAUUUGAAAGCCGAGAAUUUGCUUUUGGAUGCCAAUAUGAAUGUGAAAAUAGCCGACUUUGGAUUUUCGAACAAUUUUUGCCAGGGAAAAAAGUUGGAUACUUUUUGUGGCAGUCCCCCAUACGCCGCCCCCGAGCUGUUUGAGGUACGUCUCAUGUCAUUUUAA